AUGGCGGCGGCAGCCUGUGGCGCGGGCGAGGGCGACGGCUGCGAGCUGCCCGCGGGCGCUCGGGCGUCACCGCCGACCCAGGCAGUCAUCCUCGCUGCGGGCAGGGGCUCCCGUCUCACGCCUUACACUGAUGCCGUUCCCACUGCGCUCAUCUCCAUCGCCGAGAAGCCCAUGAUAGCGCACUCCAUCGACGCCCUGCGCCGCCAGGGCGUGCGCCGCUUUGUCGUGUGCCGCGGCUGGCGGGGCUCGGCCUUCGACUCUGAGCUGGUGGGCCUCGGAGAGGGCGUGGUGCUGGUGGACUGCCCGCGGUUCGGCUCCACGGGUAUGCUGGAGAGCCUCAGGACGGCGCUGGAGCAUUUGAGCCCCGGCGGCUUCUACCUGCUCUACGGGGACAUCAUCUUCCGCCCGAGCGUCGCUCGGCAGCUGCGGGAGGCCCGCGGCAGCAUAUGCGUCGCCGUGGACGCCUCGGCGCCUGGCAUGCUCAGCAAGGGCCUCACGGACGUGGAGGUGGUGACCACCGUGGGCCAGGGCCCGACCCGGGCCGUGCGCCGCAUCGGCAAGGGCAGGUGUGCCAGUGAGCACGAGAUCGCCGGGGAGUUCGCUGGGCUCGUGAAGUUCUCCUCGGCCGGGUGGGCCCUGGCCGGGGAGGCCCUGGGCCGGAUCCGGCACGAGAACGGCUCCUGUACUGGCGAGCUCGCCGCGCACGGCCUGCCGUGGUGGCUGGAGCCCAUCGAGCAGGCCAGCCUGUGCGACCUCCUGCAGCUGCUGGCAGACGAGGGUGCCGGCAUCGCCACGGUCAUGAUCUUCGGCGGCUGGCACGAGGUCAACACGCCCCAGGACCUGACGCGCGCCCGGAACGACACGCCCAUGUUCCUCUCUGAAGAGGACGCGCGCGCACAGGUGGCUGCGAUGGGCGCGUGCCUUCUGAGCGAGGCCAACGACCUGAAGCGCCCCCUGACGGUGCUCGCCCACGAGCUGAACAUGGACCUCGCGAAGCUCGAGUGCCUGCUGCAGGGCAACCUCGAGGUCAGCGACGCCCUCGGCGUCCUGCGAAAGAUGAGCGAGGUGUACCCCGUGCCCCUGAACGAUCUCUGGCUCGACGCGGACGACACCACUGACGGGGUUCGCCUGUGCUCGGCUGACGCGUCCGAGGCCUCCGCGCGGGUACUCAACCGCCCAGACAGGACCGGGAGCCGGACCCCGUACUACGAGUACCGGGAUGCCGCCAUGAGCAGGUGCAGCCAGUUCCGCCCAGAGUGGAUCAGAGAGCUGCGGGUCGUGCAGAGUGGGGACCCUAUGGACCCAGAUGUUGCCCUCAACAACGGUCACCUCAUGAUGCAGGCCACGUUCUUCGUAGGACCAGUGGAUUUCUACUACAAGGACCGACACGGUGUGGUCCACCGCCGGGAGAUGAACACUGGCGACAGCAAUUUCAUCUCCCCUUUUGUGCCGCACUCGUUUACUGCACGUGACCCUGACCUGGACUGCAUCAUCAUUGCAGUGACAUACGGAGGCGGAGUCCGGAGGGCUUUCACCGAGUUCUCCAGGGUGGGCGCCCGCAACGUCUUCGCGCUCUCAGGCGAUCGGCGAGACCCGGCGCUCGCCCGCCGCUGUGUGCUGCAGAGGCACCUGCGGGCCGAGUGCCUCACCGUCGAGGGGCUCGCGCAGCAGGUGAGCGGCGAGAUCUGCGCCGACCGGGUGGCCCAGCUGGCGGAGGGGGCCGAGGCGACGCACGAGGAGCUCGACGCUCUGGCGGGGGCGCUGAACGUGCGGCCGUCGGACCUCCUCGUGUGCGGCCUGGAGGAGCACGAGGAGGUGGUCGUCACCAGGGCCGAGGAGAGCCAGAGGCAGGCCCGGCGCCUCUCGACCUACCUGAUGGCACCGCUCGCCCGCACCCGCCACCAGCCGGAUCUGAAGACCUUCGACCUGGAGGUCAAGGACUCCGCGCGGCCCGGGGAGGUGUUGACCUGCGGGCUCCACACCUUCGUCUACAGCUUCGGCUCCGAGCCCGCCGAGCUCUCCUGGGAGGGCCGCGGGCACCGCCGCACGGCGGUGCUGCGCCCAGGCGACUCGGCCUACAUCGCUCCCCUCGUGGAGCACCGGUUCUCCGUGUGCGAGCCCCCGCCCCCGGUGGAGCGCAGGGCCAACCCCAACGGGAAGGCGCGUGGCGAGGGCCGACGGUUUUUCUUGGUGCGCAUCCCCGGGCACCUCACGGGCGAGACCCUGGCCGAGUUUGGCACCUUCUCCGCCCACGGGCGCGAGCGCGUCGGCGCCGAGAACGUGCAGUGGUACAACGACUGA